CGAGGGCGCACUCAACCCGGUUUGGGGGGGGGGGGUCUUUUGCGUAAUACUAUCACUUUGCUGCUUAUCUGGUGAUCAUGCUAUAAGUGAGGCCGUGGAUGGCGUUCGUUUGUCGACAGUUCCUCUUAUUUGUGCCAAUAUAUACUCUUCGUCGAUAGAAUUGAGUCAUUCAAUGGCCCAUACGGCGUCAGUGACACCCACACUCACUCACGGCGGCAAUCAGACGCGGUCGGGGAGAUGGAAGCACAUCGACUUUCCCGAUCAAAACAACCCAGUAAUGCUAAUGGUGACCGAUCAUGCAGUCCGUUGUCUCUGAAGACUUUGUUUUUGAUGUGUUUAGGAGUGUGUAUUUCACUUGCGGUGGGUUUAACUAUUAUGUUCCCAGACUACAUCGGUUCAUCUUACGUUACCCAGAGCACGCGAAGAGGAAAAAAAGUGAAUCUCGUACGAACUAAACAAAGUACAAAAGGAAAAGUGGUGAAUGGCACAACUGGGAACGUCACUUCUUAUGAUUACGGCAACAUGAAAGUGAUCAAUGCAUUCACUGAGCGGUUAUCAUAUCCAUGGAAACGCAACAUCACCAAGUUAGAACACAUCAGGAAAGAAAUACAAGACUUUGUUAAAUUAAAGAACAAUUAUAUACUUACAAAAACGAAUGUCCAUGUUGGUCAGAAACUACCUUACAGCGCUUCUCCAAGUCGGACUUUCACGCUAUCAAAGAAAGUCUUCAAUAUCCUUGGCAAGGUAUCACCGAUUGGUGACAAACACUACAAUACAUGCACCAUUGUAGGUAAUGGUGGUAUCAUCCUUGGGAGUGGAUGUGGUCAUGACAUUGACAGCACAGAAUAUGUUUUCAGGUGUAACGUUUCUCCACUAAAAGCUUACUCCACCGAUACUGGCAGUAAAAGUAAUCUGGUCACAGUCAAUAAAUCCCUUCUUUCAUACAGUCCAUGA